CGCUAACCAUGGUGCACUACAGGCUGCUGCUACGUACAAGAUGGCGCCACCAUUCCCGUAUAGCGGUCCGCGGUACCCGCUGAUGGAUACGCUGAGGGAGCUCUCCAACGCCUGGCGUGCGAGCUGUCCCCGAGUGCCUUCAGGAUGGAGCUCCGACUGGUCAGCAGACCCUGCUCCAGACCCUGACGAUGAUUUCCAUGGCGUCCCGAUGUUCCACACGCUCAGCUUCAUCCCUUACCUCGGUCGCUUCCCAUAUGAGAUGGAGCACACCUUCAACUACUUUGGCACGCCGACCCCCAUCAUUUAUCAAGACGAAGGCAUGAAUGUCCGCAUGUUCUUCAGCGCCGGAGGCCUCAUGUUUUUGCUGGUGGAAGAGCCGCUGGAUUCGUUCAUGGUUGUACCGCCAGACUGGACUGUCGAUGAAGCUGCGGCACUGUUGAAAGUCGAUUGGGGAGAGUCGCCAUUCCCAGCCGUCUCGAAGUACCUGCAGGCAUGCUGCAUGCAACAGAAUGCCCUCCUGAAGUGGGUUGCCGAGCGGGAGAUAUCCGGGAGGAAUCGGUGAGCGGAGCUGGAGAAAAGAGGAGGAGAUGUAGAUCCGGAUUGGCUGGUGACAACGCUCAAAGACCGCACGGGGUUCCCGGGAAGCUGGAGAUGAGUGCCGAGGGUUAGGGAACAACGAACCCUUCGAUUAUGCGUCCUGGCUAGCAGUACCUGUGUCAUACAUUAACUUUAUCUCGUAUAUAUGUGUUUCGCGGA